AUGCAGCCUAACCAGAUUCUUGCAGUCUUAGCCGGGACUUACUCAUUACUGAACACUUCUGCGUGGCUAAAUGAAGUCCCAGUACCAGACGCUGUUUAUGGUUCUGCACCAGUUGGCAUCUUAACUUACAGCAAGUCCGGCUACAUGUCUGCUACAAUCACCUCAACAGAUGCCGAGGAUAGACCAGCAAAUUUGACAUUUCCUUUUAGAGAUGGUCAGUCAGACGCCGAUUGGGCUCUUGUCGGAAGGCACAGCAUCGGUUAUGCUGGACCACUUCAGAUCAGCACUGCUAUCCCAGCAACACGGACUCACGGCCAAGUCAUCCACGGCCCAUUGACAGUUGCGAACGUGCCUUCCAUGGCUGGAGCGAGCCAUGUCCGUAACUACACACUUUUCGAUAACGGAAAGACCCUGCUCAUCGCUUCGCAAAGAGAUGCAAGCAACAGAGGAGAGUUAUGGUGGAGGCGGCUGGAUUAG